GAGGGAAGGGGGAAGGUGACCUGGCGCGGGGCUGUGCGGAGCGCGCACAUGAGCAGUAUGUGGGCGACUCUGCAGCGGGCAGCUUGUGGAGCAGGGCUGAACCAGAGGCGGGACUUCUUCUCCUGGCUGACUCAGUGGUUCUCCAAAGCCCCAGCCAAGGCCGUAGUGGCCCAGAAAACGCCCAUCAAGGUGGAGUUGGUGGCUGGGACCAUGUACAGGUGGUGUGUGUGUGGUCGCAGCAAGAAGCAGCCCUUCUGUGACGGCUCCCACUUCUUCCAACGUACUGGCCUAGUCCCACUCAAGUUCAAGGCCCAGGAGACCCGCACAGCAGUCCUCUGUACCUGCAAGGCCACCCAGAGGCCCCCGUACUGUGAUGGCACCCACAAGAGUGAGCGAGUGCAGAAGGCAGAAGUAGGCUCCCCGCUCUGAAGGGGUGGCUGCUGCCCAGCCCCAGGGGGCCUUGGUUCCAGGCGUCUCUGACAGGCACUCCAUCUGUGAAGAUGAAAUCUGAGUGCUAAGCCCAAGAGGGGAUCAUCCAGGGGCUCUGGUACCCACACCCAGACCCCAUAACCUGGGGUCUCUAAUCUGGGGGUAGCCAGGAACAAGCCCCUGGGUUCAGCACCUGCUGGUGGAGAAGAUGGCAUUAAAAAAGCAUACCCAUCCAGAGUGGUGGUCUUGUGGUCACUGGCUCCAAAUUUAACCUGUGUGUGGGCUAAGGGCAACUGAUCAGCCACAGCGAGACAGCAGUUCUGAUCCAUUCCAUAUGGGGUCCCCAAGACAGGACUGGGCCCAGACAAAAGGCAUGAUGGGGAGGUCAGGGGACCC